UUGUGGCCCAGCCGCAGCCGUCCUAUUUACCGAAUCCCUAAGCCUUGGAACGAACGAGAACGACCAAGAAGCCACCCACCCACCCCCAUCGUCCCGAGGUUGAUCGGAGCCGGAGGAGAGCGACCACACCGGGGAAGAAGGAGAAGCGGCGAGGCGAGGCGAGGAGAAAGAUGGGGAAGAUGCCGGUGCGGAUGAAGGCUGUGGUGUACGCGCUGUCGCCGUUCCAGCAGCAGGUGAUGCCGGGCCUGUGGAAGGACAUCACCACCAAGAUCCACCACAAGGUCUCCGAGAACUGGAUCUCCGCCACGCUCCUCAUCACCCCCGUCGUCGGCACCUACCAAUAUGCGAUGUACUACAAGGAGCAGGAGAAGCUGUCCCAUAGAUACUGAAUGCGAAGAGCUUUGUCGUAUGCUGCCCCUGUUGGAAUUUUCAUGUCCUAUAAUCCACCAAGAGUGAUUUAACAUUUUUGGAAUCACUUGUAGUAGCUGUACUCUUUUCCUCUUUCCAUGCAUAUGCAGUGAUGCAGUAAGUGUUGACUUGCAAACUUAUUUUGAGGCCUCAAAUGCUGACGUUAUCCAUCACUGGAGUGUGAUUGUAAAUAAAGCAAGGUAACUACA